AUUUCUUAUUUGUUGUUUUAUGUGCCAUCACUAAACUUGUUAGUUUUCAUGUGUGCCCACGUUUCAUCUGUCACGUACCGGGGCAUGUCGUUGGUCGGUGGAGACAGUCAACACCCAGAUAGAUUUCAGAACUUUCACAGAAUCUAAGUUUUCACCUCGUGAAGAGCUGUGUCCCGCGGUGCUUGUUGUUCACACAAACGGCUCAUCUGCUAAAAGGUGCCACUGUGUGAUGGGGGGAGUGGCUGCAAUUUCAAAAAAAUAGGCAACAUUUCAACAUGACUAACAGCUUUCCGUAUGAGCUCCCAUGCAGCCUAUGUGUUUCCUCCGCGGUGGAGGGGGGCUGGUAUUCUCUGACCUAAGCGGUCACGCCGUGGCUGAUUGCGGCUGACGUCAGGGGAGGAGUUUAAUUACCACUAAUUUGGCUGUCAUCUGCCGAAGCCUUGAGAUUCUCAAGAUACGUUCAUGCAGUCCCGUGGACCAGGGCGCCAAUCCCGGCACACAGCAAGUCGUCCCACAUGACGUCAGCUACUACGGACCCCUAACAGAGUUUUCCUUAAGAAAGAAGCUGACGUGAAGUCAAACAUGGUGGCUGGAGGCGGAGGCACUUUGCUGUUAAUAGGGUCCUAGUGUUGGACCGACUUAGCCUGGCUUCCUGGAUCCUCUCCUGUGUGUCUUCUUCCAGGCUCCAGCUGCCCUCCAAACCCCUUCCAACAGCUCAUCAUUAUUCCCUGAAGAAACCAUUUGCGAUUCCUUCAGUUCACCACACAGGACAAAUGCUCCUCAUUUUAUACCUUUGAUAACAUUUACGGUAUCUAUCCCAAUUCUUUUUUAAUAUCAUUUUUUUCUUUGACCAGUUUUUGAGCCGACUUGUUUUCCUGCUCAGCCUUUGGUCCGGUGCCAUUGGGCCGACCCUGCAGCGAUCCGCCCUACCCUGAGUGUCAGUCGUACCCUGGACCGAGGGCGCUCCGCCACAACACACCAUGUGGUCCAACUUCUUUGUGCAACAGGAUGAGGACGGCCGCAUGGGGGUGGCGGGCGGCGGCGGUCUGGGGGUCGCAGGGGGGGUCAAAGGUGUGCGGGGGGGUCCGAGGCGUCAGAAGAUGAGCGACAGCCUGGAGGGAAAGAUCAAGCUGGCCUUCUUCCUGUCCAUCGUGGGUGUGACUAUGGCGGUGCUGGGCGUCGGCACAGAGUUCUGGGCGGAGCUGGCGCAGCCCAAGUACCUCAUGAACAACCAGACGUGCCAGGUGGCGCACUAUGGCCUGUGGAAGGGCUGCGUGAAGACGCUGCCUCUGGACCAAAUUGACCUGGAGAGGCCCACCUGCGGGCCCACCGAGCUCCGCGGAGAAACAAACUGCACUUACUUCAAAUUCUUCACGUCUGGUGAGAAUGCGGUCAUAUUCAAGAAGACAACAAACAGUCUCAAUUUAGCGGCGGCCAUCUUGGCUCUGCUGAGCCUGGCCAUGAUGGCGAUGGGCUCCAUCUGCAUCGUCAUGUCCCUGAGCAAAGGAGUCCAGUUCUUCCUGAAGCCGGCGUCCUUCUGCUUCGCCCUGUCAGGUGUACUGGUCCUCAUCUCCGUGCUGGUGUUCCACCAUUCGGUGCUGGGCCUCCUCGACUCCAACGACUCUGUGCCCGUGACCUAUGAACUCUCCUGGUCUGUGGGCUGCGUGGGCUCGGCGGGGGGUAUCCUCAUGGUGGGAGGCCUCUUCUUCCUCCUCCUCUCCGUCCCCUGCAGCCCCUGGGAGAGGUGCCUGCCACAGCAGGGCAGCAGCACCUAGUCCUCGGGGGCGGAGGUCCCUCCAUGUGCUAUUGUUCUGGGGAAGGUGCAUGGGGGCGGGGAUGCGGUGUAGGAGGGAUGGGGUUG